AUGUCUGCAUUGACCGUGACCGCGGUGGACACGACCUCCAUCCCCGAUGCGGUGGAAUCGGCGGUACCCAAAGACUCGCAUCAUACAACUGCACAUGCGGUACCUCGAGCGCAGACAGACGCAGAUAGCUCAGUACAGAGUAUACAGGAUCAGAAUGUUGAAGCGACUCGCGCGUACAAAUACGCGAUGACGGUGCUGAACAUGCUCACGGCACACCAAGCACAACCGACGCUUGAUCCUCUAGCCGCACAUCGGAACACACACUCCCGAUCCAUCCUGUCCUCCUUUGUCCCAGAUAUCAAUGGUCCGGGACCCCUCGCCAGCGCUAUGCGCAUCCUUGCGCGACUGCAGAACCUGUUUCCCAGCUUUACGGGCGCAUCGAAUAUGGGGUACUUCUCCACCGCGACGAGACGAGAAUACGAUCUGUCGGUCAAGGUCAUGGAUCUCCUGCAGCACUCGGCAGACUUGGGGAACAUGGACGCGCUUUACAUGAUCGCGCAGCUUUCCCUGUUUCCCCCAACCGAAUUGUUCCCCUUGGACCCAAUUCUUGCGUACCGCACCUUCUCCAAGCAUGCAGCAGAAACGGGGAACGCUACAUCCCAAUCCAUGAUCGCCUUCUUCCACGCCACCGGCUACCAUGACGUAGUUCCCAUCGACCAGGCCAAGGCUCAGCUAUACUACACCUUUGCUGCCAAUGGUGGCGACAAGGGAGCACAGAUGGCGCUUGCGUACCGGUACUGGAGCGGUAUCGGAACAGUCGAGGACUGUCAGCGCGCGGUCGUGUGGUACGAGAGCGCCUCGGAGCAGGCUAUGGCCAAAUAUCGCGCAGGCCCCCCUGGUGGACGCACAUUACCUCAAACUCCUACCCGUCUGUCAGACUUAGUAGGCGGUGUGUACGGCCCGGGGGCCAGUGUUGCUUCCACAGGUCUCAAUGCACAACGCCCUGCCAUCAAGGCUGGUAUAGCGCGCGCGGCAGGCGAGACAUGGGCAGACGUCCUUGAGUACUACUUGUUCAACGCCGACCGCGGCGAGACCGACUUCGCCUACCGCCUCGGCAAGAUCUUCUACCAAGGCAGCAUCUACGUCUCCCCCGGCGGCAUCGCCUCAGGCAGCGAGGGCGUCGGCGCCGUCCCGCGCGACUACGAGCGCGCCCGCUACUACUUCCUCCUCAUCGCGCGUCAAGUCUGGCCCCGGGACCCACCAAACCCCCUACACCCCUCCGCGAACCAGAUGAAGGAGGAGGGCGGCCCCGUGGGGUACGCCGCCGCGGCCGCGGGCUACCUCGGGCGCAUGUACCUGCGCGGCGAGGGCGUGAAGCCGGACAUGGCGCUCGCGAAGAUGUGGUUCCAGCGCGGGGCGGACCACGGGGACCGGGAGUGCCACAAUGGGCUGGGGAUCAUGUUUAGGGACGGGCUGGUGCCGAAUGCGAAGGCGGAUAUGAAGAAGGCGCUCAGUCACUUUGCGGUCGCGGCCGGGCAGGAGCUGGCGGAGGCGCAGGUGCAUAUUGGGAAGUACCACUUUGAGCGCGGCGAACUGGCAUCCGCGACCACCUACUUCGAAGCUGCCAUCAGACACGGCUCUCCCUUCGAGGCGUACUACUACCUCGGCGAGAUCCACUCUGCUCAAGCGGCAACACCCGGCCUUCCACCCCACGUUACGUCCAGUUCGUGUGCUAUGGCCGUGUCGUUCCACAAGCUCGUCUCCGAGCGCGGCGUCUGGGACGACGAUCUGCUCCGGGAGGCUGAGAUCGCAUGGAUGUCGGGCACCGAGAAGGGGCAGGAGGUAGCGAUGCUGAAGUGGUGGAUCGCAGCGGAGCGCGGGUCGGAGAUUGCGCAGAACAAUCUGGCAUAUGUGUUGGAUCAAGAUCGCAGCGUGCUAAGGCUAACGCGCUUCUCGCCCAUCAUCCCCUCUAACGACACGGCGCGGCUGGCGUUGACACAGUGGACCCGUGCCGCGGCGCAGCGCAACAUCGACGCCCUCGUCAAGGUCGGGGACUACUACUACCACGGACUUGGCGUGCCAGACGAGUCGGAGCAGACCCGAUACGAGAAGGCGGCUCGGUAUUACCAGUCUGCCGCGGACACGCAGAUUAGCGCGCUUGCGAUGUGGAAUCUGGGCUGGAUGUACGAGAAUGGGAUUGGGGUGCCGCAGGACUUCCACCUCGCCAAGCGGCACUAUGAUCUUGCGCUCGAGACGAAUUCUGAGGCCUACGUGCCAGUGCUGCUGUCUCUCAUACGGCUGUACGCGCGCAGCAUGUGGCAUACCUUGCAAGGAGGCAAGGGCGGUCUGAACCUCUGGGAGUGGGAAGACGAGAACCAAGAUGGUACGCCUUUUUUGUUGUCUGAUGAUUUUGAAUGCUCACCCUUCGGCCAGACGUACUUUCGGGGCAAAUACCACCUCAAGUCGAGGACGGGCGGGAACCACCGAAAGAGCCCAAGGAGACACCCUUGA